CAACCGAUUUUUUUAGCAAAAUUUAUUCUCACAAUAGCCGGCACUUUCUUAAGAGAACCGAUUCUGUUUUUGUUUGUGAUACGCGAAAUAGCUAGACAGUUGGACGUGAUUGAAAGUAGAUGAAUAUAACGAUUGGUUGAAUAGUGAUUGAACAGAGUUCAAAUAUAUUCUGAUAUAAUAAAAAUGUGUUCGUCAACAAACUUUGCUCUUCUCCUUUACAUUUUAUUCAUCGUGAAGAUAAAUGCAGAUGUAGUAGAGCCCAAUGAUAUGGUGGUCGUGAUUUUAAGCCAAAAGGAGGGCUAUCAUGCAGCUCAUGCUGAUUAUAUGCGAAGACAAAUCUAUGAGCAAGCUAGUGCUCUUGAAAAAGAACCGCCAAAAGUUGUAUUGUCUCAUGAACUUGACAUUAAAGGUUCCUGGACAAUAACUCCAUUAUUGAUUCAUUUGUCAGAUAAAUUUCUACAUACAAAAUGGUUCUUUUUUUGUUUAGAAAAUACAGUGAUCCAAUUAGCAAAAUUGUUAAAUGUUCUUGGAAAAUUUGAUUCAUCUCAGAACAUAUGGAUUGGACGGGCACUUUAUGAUCAUGAAUCUACUAUUAUUCAUCACUUUGCAAAGAAUACUAAGAAAUUUAAAUAUCCACUUAUGGCAACUGGAUUUGGCAUGACUUUCAAGUUAUUAAACAGUUUGUCUCAACAAAGUUAUGAGAGCUGGAAGACGGAUUUUUCUAUCGAUGCAUCAUACGAAUUCGCGGAAUUUGUUUUAAACAGCACAAAUGUGAAAUUGACACAUGUACCUAAAAUAUGCAUUGUGAAUGGCCCUGAUUGUGCUACGUAUCCUCGAUUCUUUCAUCCUUGUAAUUCUUCUAUAUCUGCAAACAAUGUGUAUUUUGCAGUAAAGACUUGUGCCAAAUAUCAUGUAAAUAGAAUUCCAGUAAUUAAAAAUUCAUGGGCGAAGUACGCAGUAAACAUCGGAUAUUUUAGCGAUAAUGCCGACAGAAAUUUACGGGAGGCGUAUAUCGUACCGAACACUACUGAAGGACAUUGUGCCAAAACUUAUGGCAUUUUGCAGACAGUGAGCAAUAUGAUGGACAGAUACAAAUAUGAUUGGCUUGUUAUCAGCGACGAUGAUACUAUAUUCAGCAUGGUACGUUUAUUACGUUUGCUCACAUGCUACAAUCCUAAGCACUCAAUUGCUAUUGGCGAACGUUAUGGCUUUCGUAUGUGGAACAGACAUCACGGAUAUCAGUACUUAACUGGCGGUGCGGGAAUUGUGUUAUCAGCUCCCUUGGUUCACAAUAUAAUAAAAACAGGCAUAUGUAAUUGCCCGUCUGCCACUACUCCCGAUGAUAUGUAUCUCUUUGGAGUCUGUUUAUCUCGACUUGGAGUAGAACCUGUACAUUCUUUAAUGUUCCACCAGGCACGACCUACAGAUUACGCUACCGCUUAUUUGGCGUCUCAGGAACCUAUAUCAUUCCACAAAUUCUGGAUGAUUGAUCCUGAAGUUGUAUACGAUGAAUGGUUUGCAGAGACAGAUAAUAUCCUACCAAAACAACCUAUCAAACCGUUAAACAUACAGAAACAUACAGAAUUAUAAUGUAAAAUGUUUGUAUAAAGUUUGUAUUUAAUAAAUAUCUUUUUUUUUUA